CCCGCCCUGCUCCCUCCGCCCUCCGCCCUCCACUCUCCUCCCGCUCGCCGUUAGGGAGGCUCUGCGCCUCAGCCGCUGUCUCUGUCGCCGCUCCCGCCCUCUCCUCCGCGUCUCCGCCGUCGCCACCGCCGGGGGGAUCCGAGGGUCGCUUACCGGGCUGGCACCGCGCCACAUCUGUCGCUUCAGCCUCCCGCCACCGGCCGCCCCAGGAAGAGGCUCCCCGGCCGCGGAGCCAUUUGGGGCCUCACCUUUCGCCCUCUUGCCGUCGCCGCGGGUUCUGGAGAAGCGGCCGCGGCCGGGGAACGGGGCUUCGCGGUUCCAACGAUUAACUGCUGAAGUACUGAUCGAGUUCUGCGUUUCUUCAAUGAGGAACUACAGGCUGAUCUUCUGCCAUAAUCUCAAACAGCCAUAAAUGACAAAAGAAUGCUUGCUCAGUGAGGGUAGCUGGUGCAGAAGCCAUUUUUUAAACUUAGGUGUUUAAGUACUCAAAGAAAAGACAGCUUUGAUUUCUGGCUGCAAAAAAGAUAUGAGGAAGAGCUCCUCCCCUUCCUUGAGUAACUGCAACUCCGUUCUUGCUAACAAAAUAUUUGGAAUUCCACUUGAUGAGCUGCAGCAGGGAGGACAUCCAGACAAUGAGGUUCCAUUCAUAGUCCGCCACGUUGUGGACUAUAUUGAGGAACAUGGAGGUCUGGAGCAACAAGGACUUUUUCAAGUCAAUGGAAAUGCUGAGACAGUGGAGUGGCUUCGGCAGAGAUACGACAGCGGAGAAGAGGUGGAUUUGGUUAAGGAAGCAGAUGUUCCCUCAGCUAUUAGUCUUCUUAGAUUUUUCCUUCAAGAACUUCCUGAACCUGUUAUCCCUGGCAGUUUGCAUAUUCACUUGAUGCAGUUUUCUCAAGAUGAUAAUAAUGAAGAUGAAUUUGGAAGAAAGUUGAGGUUCCUCUUGCAACAGCUUCCACCUGUUAAUUACAGUUUGUUAAAGUUUCUGUGUAGAUUUUUAGCCAAUGUAGCAUCACAUCAUGAAGAAAUUUGGUCUGCAAAUUCUUUGGCUGCCGUCUUUGGUCCAGAUGUCUUUCACAUUUACACAGAUGUGGAAGAUAUGAAAGAGCAAGAAAUAGUGAGCAGGAUAAUGGCUGGACUUCUGGAAAACUACUAUGAAUUUUUUGAGAACGAAGAGGAAGAUUUUUCAUCUAAUGAUUUGAGUUCAAUUACUGAGCAGGCAGGUAGCAGCGUUCUCCACAAACUGGAGUCUGGAAAGCAGGCAUUUCACGAGGCCCUAGAGAAGGGAAUUACAGCAGUCAAAGAAAGAAGAGAUCUAAUUUCUUUCUUUGAUUACAGUGCCCAUAAAGCUCCCAUCAGCAUCCCUCCAGCCUCUGCGGAUAUUUUAGAAAGAACAAUUAGAGCAGCUGUGGAACAGCACCUUUUUGAUCUGCAGAGCAGCAUAGAUCACGAUCUUAAGAAUUUACAGCAGCAAAGUCUGGUGUGUAAUAAUGAAGCAGGAAGUAUUAAUUGUGAUGGGGAAGGAUCUAAUAACCAGGUUGAUAUUGCUGAUGAUAUUAUUAAUGCCAGUGAAAGUAACAGAGACUGUUCAGAACCUGUGGCUAGCACUAAUUUAGACAAUGAAGUUAUGCAGCAAGAUUUUGUAUGUGAGGAUGAAGAAAAUAACCAGUCCCUAGGUAUACUGUUAGAGCCAUGCAGUGACCAUGGUGAUAGUGAAGAUGGCUGUUUUGAGAGGAAAGAAUAUUUGUUAUUUGACAGUGACAAAUUGUCACACUUGAUUCUGGAUUCUAGUAGCAAGAUAUGUGAUUUGAAUGCCAACACUGAAUCAGAAGUGCCAGGAGAUCAAAGUGUUGGUGUUCAAGGGGAAGCAGUGUGUGUCCAAAUUCCACAUUUAGAUCUGAAGACUGUUUCUGAUGGUGAUAAAUGGGAAGAGCCAUUUCCUGCUUUUAAGUCUUGGCAGGAGGACUCUGAGUCUGGAGAAGCUCAGCUGUCUCCACAAGCUGGAAGAAUGAAUCAUCACCCCUUGGAAGAGGACUGUCCUCCAGUAUUAUCACACCGCAGUUUAGAUUUUGGGCAAAGCCAGCGUUUCCUACAUGAUCCAGAAAAGUUGGAUUCCUCAUCUAAAGCACUUUCUUUUGCUCGGAUUCGAAGAUCAUCCUUUAGUUCAAAAGAUGAAAAAAGAGAGGACAGAACACCUUAUCAGGUGGUCAAGAAACUUCAGAAAAAAAUCAGACAAUUUGAGGAACAGUUUGAAAGGGAAAGAAAUAUCAAGCCUUCUUACAGUGAUAUUGCAGCCAAUCCAAAGGUAUUAAAAUGGAUGACAGAGCUUACCAAACUGCGGAAGCAAAUUAAAGAUGCAAAACACAAAAAUUCUGAUGGAGAAUUUGUACCUCAGACACGUCCACGUAGUAAUACUCUUCCAAAAAGCUUUGGCUCUUCUCUAGACCAUGAAGAUGAAGAGAAUGAAGAUGAAUCCAGGGUCAUUCAGAAGGAGAAAAAACCAUCUAAGGAAGCAACCCUUGAACUUAUUCUGAAAAGACUGAAAGAAAAACGUGUUGAGAGAUGUCUUCCAGAAGAUAUCAAGAAAAUGACCAAAGAUCAUUUGGUAGAAGAGAAAACUUCUCUGCAGAAAAGUCUUCUUUACUAUGAAAGUCAACAUGGAAGGCCGGUGACCAGGGAAGAAAGGCACAUUGUUAAACCUCUCUAUGAUAGAUACAGGCUUGUAAAGCAGAUGCUGACAAGAGCUAGUAUCACUCCUGUCCUUGGAUCUCCAUCCACCAAGCGAAGGGGUCAGAUGUUACAGCCAAUCAUAGAAGGAGAAACUGCACAUUUUUUUGAAGAAAUCAAGGAAGAAGAAGAAGAUGGUAUUAGUCUGUCCUCUGAGUUAAGUGAUAUCUUGAGAACUGCUGUACAGGUGGAGUCUUCAUUGGAAAACUCAGAAUCUGAUGUUGAAGAAAAUCAAGAAAAACUGGCUCUGGAUCUCCGAUUGUCAAGUGCUAGAGCAGCUUCUAUGCCUGAGUUACUGGAACAACUAUGGAAAGCCAGAGCUGAAAAAAAGAAACUACGUAAAACAUUACGGGAAUUUGAAGAAACAUUUUAUCAACAAAAUGGAAGGAAUGCCCAGAAGGAGGAUCGUGUUCCAGUACUUGAGGAGUACAGGGAGUAUAAGAAAAUUAAAGCAAAGCUUAGGCUUCUUGAAGUUCUUAUAAGCAAACAAGAUUCUUCAAAAUCCAUAUAAAGUAUGCUCCUUGAGAAUUCAUAUCAUAAAGUCAGUUGUAUUCCUUGAAGCUAUCGUCAUGUGUACUUGGCUGGUACUUGAGUUCAUUUUGUCAGGCACUCAGAGAAUCUCAUUUUGUACUUGGUUGUGAUGCCACUAAACAAUGAUGGGAGGGUAAGCAGACCCUCUCUAGGGAGUGUAAGUGAUGUUGCAUAUUAACAACAGACUGUCCUCUCCACUUUUAGCAAACAUACAGUUUCCUUCAUUGUUUUGUACUACAAAUACAUCCUUUUAGCAAAAGACUAGGAUUUUAUCCUUUCAACUUCAAGAACUUUGGAAAUACGAGUUUUUUGUUAUUACCAACGUUUUGUUUUUCAUUACUGAAGAAAAUUGAGAGGAAAAUCUUCACACUGAAUUCUUCGGUUGCCUUUUUCUUACAGAAUGACUGAAAAUUUGAAAGAAAAGCCUAUGAAAGUGCACAUAUGGAACUGUAUGUUCUGUGUUUUCUUAGAAAACCAAAAUCAAACUGAAAUUUCAAGUCCUACUUUGGAACACCUUUCUGUUUAAUUCCCAAAGUGACACCUUACAGGUAAUAUGUUAGCAAAAUGUUGCGAUUCGGUGGUCACACAGCUCCUGGAUAAAGAUAACAGUGGGUAGACCAAAAAGUGACCUUGCUUAGUAUAUUGAAAACACAUACCACACAUCAUACACAGAACUGAAUCAUAUUACAUGCUGCCUAUGGGACUUAAGUUACUGUUUGUUUCCUAAGUUACUGUUUAUCAGCUGGUGAUGAUGCGAUUUGUUUGGAGCAGAUCCUGAGCAGUUCCCCACCAGCCCUUCCAAAUAGUGUGAGAAAAUAGCCAUGUCAGUGUGUCGGAAUUCUGAUGGUGCUCGGAUUUGUGUGUUCAAUCAGAUGGGCGUAAAUUGCAAGUAAAUCUGUUCUCAACAAGGGCUAUACCACUGCAUUUUUACAUGUACUUUUAGGAGGUCGCAUCUUUUCCCCCUCUUUUAAUCAGCAGAAUCUAUACAAAAAACACCCUCUGAAGGGACCACCUUUUUGCUCAAUCAUAUGCCAUUUAAAGCAGCUGUUUACAGGGUGUGUAGUGGUAUACCCCUUGUCAUAUACCCUUAGCAUCUCUUUUUUCCUUUGGGUUUGCAUGGCUUUUCUUCAGGUACUCUCCUGGUAUCAUUCCUCUAAUUAUUUUUACAGAAUGGUGACUUCAUUUGUGCUAACAGUACAAUAGCAGAUUUGGGUCAGACUUAAUCUAAGUGUUAAAUUUUUUUUCCCUGGUGCUUUUUUGGAUUGAUGACUGUCUCACUUUGUGCCCAUGUUUUGCAUGCAGUGACUCACGCAUGGUUUUUCUUAACUAGCUAAUAUUAACAAUUUUUUCCAUAUAAAAAUGGAAUUUUGCAACGUCCUUUAAUAAGGUGAGGGAAGCAUGAACCUCAGACUUCUGGCACUAUUACAUAGUAAGCACAUGAAGUAGCGUGGUAAUAAAUAGUGAUUCUAGUACUUCACAUUUCACCUGUGUGUGCAAUGCCUUUUUUGCGGGGAGGGAGAAUGUAGUAGUGAAUGUAUAGUUGGGGAAUAAAAAGCACUAAAUCCAGCCCUUUUUGUGUGGUUUCCUUUUGAUACAACUAGGUUAUUCAUAAUGUAUACCUAGAAAAGUGAAAUCAAAAACACCAUAAGACGAAUCACUUUGAUUUGAAUCCAUCAUGCAGUGUACAUUUCAGUUAGUAUCUUUUAGUCUCCAGACAGGAGUGUAUCCAAACAUCUAAUAUUACGUGCACUGUAUAUUUUAUAUGAAUGUUUUAUUUUAUAUACCACAUGAAAAAAAUGUCCAUAUGUACUAUUUAAAUGUUUUAAAUAAUAUAUUCCUUCUUUAUAAUGCUAAAUCUAUAUGAGGACCAUAUUUUUAUAAGUCAGUGGCCUGAUUGGUUUCAUUUUAGAAUUAACAGCUGCUUCAUGAUGUUAUUCAGUGUUAAUGUUUGACUACAAGUAGAAUAGAUAGUAGUGGCAUGGCAGCACUUACGUGACAGUUUUGUGUGUCAUAGUUGAGUCAUAGGUGGUAAAAUUAGGCAGUUUGUGAUAGUUUUACUUUGGUACAAAUAAAAACUGUGUAUCUAUAUACAAAGAAUAUAUAGAUAUAGAUAUAUAUGUGUCCGCCAGUAUAAUUGCAUUGCUGUGUCUGACACUUCAUUGUACAGACUUUCGUAAUAAAAGAACUUGAAUGUUCUAAGUCAUUGUAAAUGUAUGUUUGUUUUUCCAGUAGG